UUUUUAGGUUAAUUGAGUCUCAUUUUUUCGCAGACAAAUAAUAGCGGGAUCCAUGAAUUCACAUAACGGUCCUGUAAAAGAACAUGGAAAGAGGAGAGUAGCCUACUACUACGAUUCUAAUAUCGGAAACUACUACUAUGGACAAGGCCAUGUUAUGAAACCACAUCGUAUUCGAAUGACACAUCAUCUUCUGCUGAACUAUGGAGUCUACAGAGAUCUCGAAGUUUAUCGACCCUUUCCGGCCACUUUCGAAGAGAUGACGCGCUUUCAUAGCGAAGAAUACAUGAGUUUCCUCAAAUGUGCAAGUCCAGAUAAUUUGAAGAUGUAUAACAAACAGAUGCUCAAGUUCAAUGUUGGUGAAGACUGCCCUCUUUUUGACGGUCUGUACGAGUUCUGUCAGUUGAGCAGUGGUGGUUCUUUGGCGGCUGCCGUCAAGCUGAAUAAAAGGAAAGCCGACAUCGCCAUCAACUGGAUGGGUGGCUUACAUCAUGCUAAGAAAAGUGAAGCCAGUGGUUUUUGCUACACUAAUGAUAUUGUUCUUGGCAUACUUGAAUUACUGAAAUAUCACAAAAGAGUGUUGUACGUGGACAUUGAUGUACAUCACGGAGACGGUGUCGAGGAGGCUUUUUACACUACCGAUAGGGUCAUGACUGUGUCGUUCCACAAAUAUGGUGAUUUCUUCCCUGGGACCGGUGAUCUGAAGGAUAUUGGCGCAGGAAAGGGCAGGCAUUAUUCGCUUAAUGUGCCUCUCAAGGAUGGAAUCAAUGAUGAUUCUUAUCAGAGCAUAUUCAAGCCAGUUAUGACAAAAGUGAUGGAGAGGUUUCAACCGUGUGCUGUUGUUCUACAGUGUGGAGCUGAUUCUCUGAAUGGAGACCGGCUUGGACCCUUCAACUUGACCUUGAGAGGCCAUGGGGAGUGUGUAAGGUUCUUCCGGAAUCAGAACAUACCUUUGAUGAUGGUGGGAGGUGGUGGUUAUACACCUCGAAACGUGGCGAGAUGUUGGACUUACGAGACAACUCUGGCAGUUGAUCGCGAUGUUCCUGAUGAGUUACCAUAUAACGAUUAUUUUGAGUAUUUUGCUCCUAACUACCGGCUACAUAUUGAUCCAUCAAGCGUAACGAACGAGAAUACACCCGAAUCUCUUCGCAGGAUUCAAGAAGCAGUUAUCCAAAAUUUGGAAAAGCUCACAUUCGCUCCAAGCGUUCAGAUGCAGCCUGUUCCCGAAGAUGCAUUGAAGGUGUUGAAUGACACCAGUCUUGGCCAAGAUAUGGCAGAUCCUGACACCAGACUACAUCGUUCAAUUAUGGAUGGUGUGACGCAAGAUGCUGGUGAAUUUUAUGACGGCGAAACUGAAGGAGAUGAUCGAAAAAACGAAAGCAAUGCCAAACGGGCAGCAGAAGCCGCUGCGGAUCAAGUUGAAGCCAAAAAGCCAAGAACUGACGAUGUAAAGGAUGAUCUUCUUUGA